AUGAACCAUAACAUGAGGCUCUCGAUUUUCACCAAGGUUACUCCUCUUAGGUUGCUUUCUGUUGCUAACACUCGCUUUGCCUCCAUCAUUGUGAUGCUUAAGAGAUUGAAACUUAUCAAAAGGGGUCUUCAAGAUAUGGUCAUAAGCGAAGAAUGGUCUUCUUAUAGAUUAGAUGACACUGAGAAAGCAAACUCUGUGAAAGAAUAUAUUUUGAAUGAUGAUUGGUGGGAUAAAGUAACAUAUAUUCUUAGUUUCACUAGACCUAUAUAUGAGAUGAUUAGAGCUUGUGACACUGACAAGCCAUGUUUACACUUCGUCUAUGAGAUGUGGGAUUCUAUGAUUGAGAAAGUGAAGAUUGAGAUCUACAAGAAAGAAAAAUGUCCUGCAUCUCAAAUAAGUUGUUUUUACGACGUUGUGCAUCAUAUUUUAGUGGCUUGA